AUGUCUUUGUGCUCGCGCACAGUCAGAGCAGUAUCACGCUCUCGCGUCCCGCCACUGAAAACACUUUUGCCAUUCCUGUACCAAACGACAACCAUCCAGCGAUGUCAACACGUCACACGACCAAUUGCGCGCCGCACCAUUGCCCCGCGAUCACGUCCGGACGAUGGCCAUGAUAUUCCCUUCGUGGGCGAUGGAGAUGAUAUUCCUUUCGUGGACGAAAACCUACCACCUUCUGUCGACCACGAACCUGCACGAAAGACAACCAUAACAAGUACUGAGCGUGCAGCCUUCCAGAAACUCUACAGGAAGUUCGACACUGAGGGACGGCAACAAAAGGAAAAGGAUCAUCUUGUGGAGCUAGACCAGAUAGCGGACGAGUACUGGGAAGAUGACGAAGAAAACCCGAAGCCGUCCCUGGACCAGAUUUUCGAUGAGGCUAUGAGCGGCGAAUCGCGACUCCGGUCGAUACGUACGCUUGCUCAGCAAAGAGCGGGUGCUCAGUCAGGGAAACAAAUCGAAAAAAAAUUGGACAACGUACGAGGUGGCAAGAGGAAAGGCUUGGGCUUCGAUGCAGCACAGCUGAGAGAGAUGCGUUUAGCAGAGCGACAGAGAGUUGACCAGCUCAUUCGCAAUGCACCCACUGACCGCGAGCUUUGGCAAAUUCUCGAACGCGAAGUGUUCACCAAAGUGCGUGCACUCGAUCUCGACAAUGCUAAUGCUGGCGAGAAUAAAGCGCCAGCUGCAGAGUCCAAGAGUAGAGCGCGGACAAAGAGUACCACACGGCCCCGGACUGUCACCAAACCCGAUCCACCUUCUCCUGAGCAGCGCAUCCUGUUCCAAAACUACCCCCACCAUCUCAUAACUACCGUUGCCACUCUCCGCUCAGAGUUCCCCUCCUCACUACUUCCUCUGUCAAUCUUACCCACAAUCAAGAGUCUCGGUCGCUCUGCCCACGUCCUCGGUGCUACAACAACUCUUUACAGGCACCUGAUACGCACAGCCUGGAUCCAACGAUCCUCUUUUGCCACAAUCGACACUCUACUCACCGAAAUGGACAAGAUUGCCAUCGAGUUCGACGCUGACAUCCUUACACUGCUCGACGCUAUUCUCAAGGAAAGCAAUCAGGCAAGAAGCGGCAUCUUUGGGCGAGAGCUACAGUUGGUGUACAGUAUGGAGCUGUUUGCUGAUGAGAUGAGCAAGAUUGUGAAAUGGAGAAGGAUCGUGGUGGAGAGAUUGGGAUUGAAGAGUGAAGAGGUUAGAUUGAAUGAUAAGGUUGUGAGGAGGGUUCUGCAGCACAGAGGGCCUGCGAUGGUUGCUGAAUCACAUGAAGAUAGGAAGCAUUCUUGGAUGGAGACGCAGGGUGAUGCUGUCGGUGCAGUGGAAAGCAAUUCAAUACUGGAUGAUGGUAGCAAGGACAACGGAGUGUCUGCUGAGGCAGCUGAAAUCUCUAGCAAUGCUAUUGACGAGACUAACGGAGCAGCUCCGGUUGCAGAGGGAGACGCAGCAGCAAGCACCGACGGCGAGGAAAAGAGCAGUAUCGCUGCUGAAGACUCGGUCGAACAAAAGCGCCCCACUGAGAACGAUGAGGCACCCAGCGAACCCACCAAAAUCACAUCGUAG